UCUCCGCUAAAACAUUUGAGAACGUCUCUCUCUCUCUCUGACAGUUCUUUUUGUUUUUCUGUCUCUCUCUCUCUGCUCGAUGCGAAGAAUCGAGCAUUUGUGUCGCUCUCUGUAACGUGUGUCUCUAUCAGGAAUAUAACCAGAAUCUCAACGAGCUGCUUGAAUGCGUAUCUUUCGUUCCCUGAUGUUGGCGGUGGCGUUAGCGUUGGCUUUGGCCGUGACUGAGCUCGCAGCAUCGCCGUUACCUUCGGUCUUUGCGAAAUACGCAGCUGGUCCGGCCAAGAUUCUUCCUUUACAAAGGGCUUUUCCACUAGACGAGCCGGUGGAGCUGAGUGAACUUAGAGCGCGUGAUCGUGUCAGACACGCGCGAAUCUUACUCGGCGGUGGUCGUCAGAGCUCCGUUGGCGGCGUCGUGGACUUCCCAGUUCAAGGCUCCUCCGAUCCUUACCUCGUAGGCUCCAAGACGACUAUGCUUUAUUUCACAAAGGUCAAAUUAGGUUCUCCUCCUACAGAAUUCAAUGUUCAGAUUGAUACUGGAAGUGACAUCUUGUGGGUUACUUGUAGUUCUUGCAGUAAUUGCCCUCACUCUAGUGGACUUGGAAUCGACCUUCAUUUCUUUGAUGCUCCUGGUUCCUUCACUGCUGGCUCUGUUACUUGUUCAGAUCCGAUUUGUUCUUCAGUUUUUCAGACGACAGCUGCUCAAUGUUCUGAGAAUAACCAGUGUGGUUACUCCUUUCGCUAUGGCGAUGGAAGUGGGACUUCAGGUUACUACAUGACUGACACGUUCUAUUUUGAUGCGAUUUUGGGAGAGUCUUUGGUUGCAAACUCAUCUGCUCCCAUUGUUUUUGGCUGUAGUACCUACCAGUCCGGGGACUUGACAAAGUCAGACAAAGCAGUCGAUGGUAUAUUUGGAUUCGGCAAGGGAAAGUUGUCCGUUGUUUCUCAAUUGUCGUCAAGAGGGAUUACGCCGCCAGUGUUUUCUCAUUGCUUGAAAGGAGAUGGUAGUGGAGGUGGUGUAUUUGUCCUUGGCGAGAUAUUGGUCCCAGGAAUGGUUUACAGUCCUCUCCUUCCAUCACAGCCUCACUAUAACUUAAAUCUGCUGAGCAUUGGCGUGAAUGGACAGAUACUGCCCAUCGAUGCAGCAGUGUUUGAAGCAUCAAAUACCCGUGGAACUAUUGUUGACACGGGAACCACUUUGACAUAUCUGGUGAAAGAGGCUUAUGACCCUUUUCUCAAUGCUAUAUCAAACAGCGUGUCACAGUUGGUCACACUGAUCAUUUCUAAUGGAGAGCAGUGCUAUUUGGUCUCGACUAGCAUAAGUGACAUGUUUCCUCCAGUUAGUCUCAACUUUGCUGGUGGUGCAUCAAUGAUGUUAAGGCCUCAGGAUUACUUAUUUCAUUAUGGUUUCUAUGAUGGUGCGUCCAUGUGGUGCAUUGGUUUUCAGAAAGCUCCGGAAGAACAAACCAUUUUAGGAGAUCUUGUACUUAAAGACAAAGUCUUUGUGUAUGAUCUUGCUCGGCAACGGAUUGGAUGGGCAAACUAUGAUUGUUCGAUGUCUGUGAAUGUAUCGGUAACUUCAGGAAAGGAUAUUGUAAACUCAGGCCAGCCAUGUUUGAACAUCUCGACAAGAGAAAUACUCUUAAGAUUCUUCUUUAGCAUCUUAGUGGCUUUACUUCUUUGUAUUUUCUUCUCAUUGACGUGAAUUUAUAGAAUUUGUGGGUUUGUUUUAGAGUAGUGUAGGCUGAUUUUGUUGUGUUCCUUUUGAUUCUUUUCACCAUUAUCCUCGUGUAUCCUCGCUUACAGUAACUAGUAUAGUGCCUUUUAAUUGUAGAUCAGUCUCAUUGUGAAGGAAAUAUGGUUACUUGUAACUAUAA